AUGGCAACAGUGACCAAGAUCAGCCUCUCUACCGAUGUGCCGGCCAUCGUCCGUGUCAAGGUCUUGGACCAAGAAGCCACAGACACGACCAGCUCUUUCCUCAACCAUAACCACACCACCCACGACAUCCUCUUCGACGAGGUCGGUCGCCACAACCACAUCGUCCACCACGCCCUCGCUGCAUUCGCCUUGGGAGCCGACGCAGAGACAUUGAAAAAGCAGUAUGAAAAGAACGCAUCGUACCAGCGGCCCCCUCCACCAGCAGACGAAAAUGCCCUCGAGUCCCUGGAUAGUGACCCUCGGGUGCUUCUGAACAGCAUGACCAGGUCGGAGAACUACUCGACUUUCCUGGCGUAUUUUACGCAAAAGCUCUCGUCGGCAUCGAUCCCCGACGUUCUCAACGAGUACGUCUUCUCCGACACCGAACCGGCCAAGACCAUCUUCAACCGCUUCUUCGCCGGAUACUAUCACCCUUUUAUCCACCUAGGAUACGGCGUGGAGUUCAACCAGCCGGCGAUCGUGGCCGAGGCGCUGGCCCAGGCGUGCGUGCAUCCAACGUACCUGGACGCCUUUUUCGAGCUCACUGCGAAAGCCGCAGAGGAUGAAACGCCAGACACGAUGGUGAACCUGCUGAACAAGGUCCGCGGCGACGCCAGAGUCUCGACAGCGGCGCACUGGGACGACGGACAAAAGGUCCGCGACGGCGUGCUCGCCCGUGCCAAAGCCGAAAUGGUCGCCUACGCCGCGCAGUGGCAGGUCCAGCCUCCCUACAGCCAGGAGCGUCUGGAACGAGCCGCGGCGGAGGUGAUCAACGCGGACGCAUAUCUGACGGGCGCGGCGCAGAACCCGCCCAAGGUCAUCAAGAUGGACUUUUUCUACAUGCACGCCGUCAACUCGAGCAUCUUCCUCAGCGUCUUCCUCGCGCAGGACUGGAUCGCCCCACAGAUCAAGGCCAAGCUGGUCGAGUGGAAGGGCCGGCUCGAUCUAGCGCUGUACGCGUCGCGGAGGGCGCCGAAGCUCCUCCUCGAUGAGAUCGCGAACUAUCCCGCCGACGGCAGGGAGGUACUCGGCUGGGACGAAAUAUACAGCGUGGCGAGUCCGUUCAUGGAUGACGGGCACACGGCGAAAUUCAUCCGCGCAUUGGCGAAUGGAGAGAGGAUGUGCGCUCCUUUUGAAAACGAGAUCCGCAAGCCAUUGUCUAACGAGACUAAUGGACACGUCAACGGACACGCGAGCGGCGUGGGCUUGGAAGCUAAUCGAGAGAACGCGCCCGACGACGUAUGGAAGAUCAAAGGAGACAUGUGGCGGCGACUGGCUAUGAUGGUGCUGGACAGCGUUCAACCCGAACACGGUGAGAGGUGGGCGAGAAGCGUGGGAUUCGCAGAAGCAUGGAAGGACUAUGGGCUGAGGAAGGAUUCAUCCCGAAGCAAUGACGCCUAA